CAUUGUGCUACUCCUGUGGCAGACAAAAAAUCACAAAAAACAACUUAUCUUUUUUAUGAAUUGAUUUCUUUGUGUUAUGUGGUGGCCGAUUUUAUUAUCUCAAAGUUUUACAUCUUCACGUCACUUGUAAUGCUGGUUACACUGUAUUUGCACGGUUGGAUCAUUGCGCCGCAUGAAAGCUAAUUUGGAACAUUCCAUUUUUUGACAACGUGUGUGUCCAAACAGUUAAAUUUUCAAGUUUCAAACUUCAAAUCUGUAAUGACAGGGGAGCUUAGUGUUUUCCUUUUUGCCUUUUAUUAGUGUAUAUAUAUUUUUGUUCCACGUGGAAAAUACUAGAUUCAGUUGAAAUCGGUACGUAGUAUAUAAACUCCAUCUGCCAAUGUCCUGUUAUGUUUAUCAAAAUGCUAUGUCUUAGAAAUUUGCUUAUUUUCCAUUUGCCAAUAUGAAGCACUUUUUUUUUGGGUGGUAGUGUUUGUUUGUUCAUAUUUCCAGUGGUGCUCUUCAAUUCAUACCAUUCUGAUCUGUGCCUUUACUGUGACAGGUUAUUUGCUAAUUGUUUUCUCUCAAAAAAAAAAGAAGAGACAAUUUGGUGAAGUUUAUAUAUAUAUAAAAAUAUAUAAACAUUUAGAGCUGAAGGGAUUGGAAGAUAUAAAGAAUUAGUGAAGGGCGGUGGUGUCAGUGGAAUGCAAGUGGGAUUGCCUAGCAUUUAACAGAUACAGAACAAGCAGAGAAAUCAAUAAAUUUCUUGAUGAAGGCCUAAAAAGACAUUACUUUUCUUCAUUUGCUUGUUGAAUUAGUGGGGAAAAAAGCUCCGAAUUCGUCCCUGAAGAUGAAGUAUAUGAAGCUUGGAUCUAAACCUGAUCAGUUUCAGACUGAAGGAGAUAGUAUCAGGUAUGUAGCAGCUGAAUUGGCAACUGACAUGGUUAUCAAUGUUGGAGAUGUGAAAUUUUACCUCCACAAGUUCCCCCUUCUGUUGAAGAGUUAUCGCUUGCAGAAGCUGGUUGCUUGUACAAAUGAGGAAAAUAGUGAUGAAAUCAACAUCCAUGAUAUCCCUGGUGGGCCGGCUGCUUUUGAAGUAUGUGCAAAGUUCUGUUAUAAUAUGACAGUAACUUUGAAUGCAUAUAAUGUUGUUGCAGCUCGUUGUGCAGCAGAGUACUUGGAAAUGUAUGAGUCAGUUGAGAAGGGGAAUCUUGUCUACAAAAUUGAAGUUUUUCUUAUGUCUAGCAUCAUACGAAACUGGAAAGACUCCAUCAUUGUUCUUCAGACCACAAAAGCUUUUCUUCCCUGGUCCGAGGAAUUAAAAAUCAUUAGUCAUUGCCUGGAAUCUGUAGCAUCAAAAGCUUCUGUGGACACCUCAAAGGUGGACUGGUCUUACACUUAUAACCAUAAAAAACUUCCAUCUGAAAACGGAAGUGAUCUGCACUGUAACACGGUGAACUGGCUUGUUCCAAGAGACUGGUGGGUUGAGGACCUUGGUGAACUUCAUAUUGAUUUGUAUGAACGGGUCAUAAUAACAAUAAAAACAAAAGGAAGGAUUUCUUCAGAAGCAAUAGGUGAAGCAUUGAAAGCAUAUGCCAACCAGAGGCUCCCUGGAUUCAGCACGGGUAGUAUACAAGGAAAUGAUCCUGAAAAGUAUCGGUACUUGGUUGAUACAAUUACUUGGUUGUUGCCCAAAGAGAAGAACAGUGUUUCCUUCAGUUUCUUGAUCAAAUUGCUGCAAACAUCUAUUGCAUUCGAAUGUGGACAAACAGUGAGAAGUGAACUGAAGAGGAGGAUUGGCCUGCAUAUGGAAGAUGCAACAGUAGGUGACUUGCUAAUUCGAGCUCCAGAUAGUGAAAUUAUUAUAUUCGAUAUUGACCUAGUUUAUGACCUCGUUGAGAAUUUCAUGUUGCAUCAAAAGAGCGGUCAGAUUGAUAGCUCUGCAGAUAAUAGAUUCCAGGAUAUAUGCCCCGCGUUUGCAUUGGAUGAUUCCGAAGUAAAGGUGGCUAGGGUGAUUGAUGGAUACCUUGCUGAAGUUGCAAGAGAUCCAAAUCUACCACUAUUGAAAUUUAUCAAUCUUGCAGAAUUGGUCUGUGACUUCUCUAGACCUUCCCAUGAUGGAAUUUACCGAGCUAUUGACAUGUAUCUUAAGGAACAUCCUGGGAUAACCAAAAGCGAUAGAAAAAGAAUUUGUAGGCUAAUGGACUGCAGGAAACUAUCAGCCGAGGCCUGCAUGCAUGCUGUGCAGAAUGAGCGCCUUCCUUUACGAGUAGUUGUACAAGUUCUGUUCUUUGAGCAACUCAGAACCACAACAUCAUCUGGUGGUGGUAGCACUCCUGACCUGACUGGAUCGGUUAAGUCUUUGUUCCCGGUGGGGUCUCAGAAGUGCUCCACAUCUGCUACAUCUAACACCGAGGACAAUUCGGAUACUGUGCUUACAGCCAAGGAACUUAAAGUUCUGAAAGGUGAGCUUGCUACUCCAAGAUUGAGAUACAGAGAAGAUAACAAUUGUAGUAACUCGAAUGAAGCGAAAACAAACGGUAGCAAAGUGAAGGGUUCAAUCAUGUCAAAGAACAUGUUCUCAAAGCUAUGGUCAAAUAAAGAUAGACAAAGUGAGAAUAGCAGCUCAGAUGCAUCAGAAAGCCCAUCAUCUUCUAAUGCAGGGGAAACAAAGACUACUUCAUGUAGAAGUGGGAGUCAUUCCCGGUCUUAGUAUUAGCUGAAAAGCAGCUCCGAGUUCAAAACCGAACGCAGACUAAUGCCUGAUAUUUAAGGGGAGAAGGGUAAAGGGAUGCGCUCAUUUGAGUCGUGUGCUUGCUGGCCCUCGGAGAUUUCUCGUUUAUUAAGAAAGAAAACAUAGAAGCAGAGUUGACAUAGUUUCCCUGAUGAUGUAAACUGUUGCACUCCCUGUUGACUCUAGGCCAAUCCACUUGGAGAAAGUAUAGAUUAGAGCAAAGGAAAGUCUUUGUAGAAGGAAAAACAUGUUGUAUGGUAGCUUUCAAAAAAAAAUUCCGAAAAGUUUUCUUCUAUGUUAAUAAUUGGCUCCCCUACAACAAUUGUAUCAUAUUCUUGAGAAUAAAAAUCUCUACUAUU